AUGCAAGCACGUAUUGCUGCUAUGAAAGCACGUCUGCAAGGAAACGCCGCGCCCUCAUCACCCUCUCCUGCACCCACGCCCGCGUCUCCGUCCACCACACUAUCCGCCGAGGAUGCGAAAAAGGCCCAAAUCCAGGCACAACUUGCUGCCAUCAAAGCAAAGAUUGCUCAGAAACAACACCAACAACCCCAAACAGAUAUUCCUACACGACCCGCUGCUCAUUCUCCUGGACUCGCCCCUUCUCCUCCUGUUCGAGACGAUACUACUGCACGCGCAAGAGGUGGUCUAAAUGUCGGGCUCCAUCCCAGUCUGUUAGGUGGUCCGUCAAAGUCUGCCAACAACAAGAAGCAAAAAGACGAUCCCGCAAAGCACAACCCCUACCUGACCGGCGAUGAUCAGAAGGCUGCUGCCCAGAAUGAGCCUUUCUUCGAUCCCUCGUUGCAGAAACAGAAGGACCGCAAGUCCAAGCAACUGCUCUUCAACCAGAAGGGUAAGUUCAUGGCACAGGCUGAAGCUUUGAGACAGCAGGCGAGGAUCGAACAGAUGGCCAAGGAGAUGCAAGAACAAGCACGAAAACAGGCAAUCGAAGAAGCCACGGAAAAGUCCUUCUUAGUCCCUGCUCCACCAGAAAUUGAAUGGUGGGACGAAGGUCUUGUGACUGGAGGCAACUACGAAAACCUUGAAGCUCCGAAUAAGAUCAACAUGGACGUCAUAACAAGAUACGUUCAACAUCCCGUUCUGCUUUUGGCUCCUCAGGAUGCAAAUGUACCGGCUCCCAAGGCCAUGUACCUCACCAAGCAGGAGCAGAAGAAGGUACGACGACAACGUCGUAUGGCUGAUCACAAAGAAGAGCAGGCCAAGAUCAGACUUGGUCUCAAAGCUCCACCUCCGCCUAAGGUCAAGAAAUCAAACCUUAUGCGUGUAUUGGGUAAUGAGGCUGUCAAGGAUCCCACUGCUGUCGAAGCUCGCGUCAACCGCGAAAUCGCUCAGCGCGCCGAUGAUCACGAGACGGCCAAUGCCGAAAGACAACUAACAAAGGAGCAACGUCUCGAAAAAUUGGCUCAACAACAAGAAGCAGAUGCUACAAUGGGUAUGCGGGUGCUCGUGUUCAAGAUUGACAAUCUGAGCUACGGCAAACACCGCUUCCAGAUCAACAAGAACGCGGAACAGCAAGCCUUGACAGGUAUCACCAUCUUCCAUCCCAAGAUGAACUUGGUCAUCGUUGAGGGCGGUACUCAUAGUAUCAACGCUUACAAAAAGCUUAUGCUCAACCGCGUGAAAUGGACCGAGAACGCUAUGCCGCAAAAUGUGCGCGAAGGCAAUCAAGAAGCCAAUGCUGCAUGGCUUAAUGCCUUCGACGAUGACGGCAAGCUCAAGGACAAUACUUUCAACAGGUGUCAGCUCGUGUUUGAGGGUGAAGAGAAGCAGAGGGCAUUCAAGCGCUGGAUGCCAUAUAAGGCCUGCGAGACGGAUGGUGAAGCCAAAGAUGUCCUGGGCAGAUAUAAGAUGGAGAACAUGUGGACAUUGGCGCAGUCUCCGGCGUUUCAGUAA